UCAUUUGUAAUAUCGCCUAUCAAUUAACAUCAUUACCGCUCGAUUCGGGCAGCGGCGCGUUCACCAGGGCAAUGUGCGCGAAUAAUAAACGGCGAGCGCGUCCGCGUGAUACUCGAAAGCACAAUAUCGCGGUGGUGAGAUCGUCCGUACGGCGCGACGUGGUGGUACGACAGCAAUGAGCUGGCACAAAUUGUCGCGUUGCGUUAGCCCGCGGCGACGGUGCGUCGCGAAUGCGACCGCGUGCGCGAAUUUCGCGGGCGGUCCGCGUCGCGAUUAAGGGACACAGUCGAACGAGCGAUGCAGUUCGCACGCGCUCCCGCUUUGACAGACGUUUCUCCUAACCUACUCGGCUAUCAUCGCGUUGUCUAUAACUUGGCGCGUGUGAGCAUAACAUAUUGCAGUGGGUUUCGUCGCGAUCAGCCGCGUCAUGCUUGCGAACGAGCGUUUGCGACGUGCAUCGCGGCCACGCUUUAUCGCCUGUGCUUCCGCCUCCGCGACACGCACGUGCCUGUCCGUGCACGCAGAUUACGGCGGUAUUGGUAGAGGACAAGAGCUGUAAAAUUGUGAUAGAAUUGGACACAACAGUGACGAUUGUGCAGCCGAGACGCGGACAAUACACGUCGGAAACAUAGAUCUUGAAGAAUUCAAGCGCUGCGACGGUGCAGAAGGGCUCUAUGUGCUCCACGUCGACUUGGGCGAAUGGUACUUUAGUUUCCGAGAGUCUCGCAUUGUGGUAUCGCGGCAGGUGCACACCGGCAGCUUGUAAUCCAGGCCAAGGACAGCGACAACAUGCGCAACGAAAUUACAGCGGCGGUACAUUUCUUAGUACAGCUGAUCGAAAAAAACGAAAAAUUUAGUCCCGAUCAAUUGGAAUGCUUCAAGCGGCGGCUGGUCGAGCUGUUGACGGAACGAUUCAAGAACCACUGGUUCCCCGACAAGCCGUUCAAGGGCCAGGGUUACCGUUGCAUCCGCGUCAACGGCCACAAUCGCAGGGACGCGACCUUGGAGAGUGCCGCAAACGCCGCCGGUGUCAAAUACGAGGAUCUAUCCUUGCCUGUGGAGUUGACGCUCUGGGUCGAUCCUAAGGAAGUUGUUUGUCGGUUCGGCGAGAGCAAGGGUUCUUACUGCACCUUGGCGUCGUUCGAUGACAAGGAGAACACUGCACCCUUAUUCGAUAAUGAGAAUGCGGAAGAAGAGAACAAGCAGUUCAUGGGGCCCACUAAGAUACAGAAAUCCCCCCUAAACAUCGGCGCAGAACAACAGGCGAAAUCAAAACCGCUGAGUUCCGCUAAUCAAAAUCAGCAGCAUAGCAAUAACGGUACAGCGAGGAGACGUAAUCUGAAUAGCCCUCGGCUGCACCUGAACAGAAACCGCUCGUGGUUCGGUCACUCCUUCAGCAUGGGCUACGGUCCUCAUCCGAUAAGCCAGCCAUGGUACAACAUAAUGCCUCCUCAGUUUCUAGCCGGACCCUCUCCACCGCCCUUUAUCGGCCAUCGUGGCAACAAGUGGAUACACCCGCCUUCAUAUCCCGCAGGACCCGCCCGUUUCCAUCACUGGUCUCCCAAAGCCGCUCUUAAAGUAUAAAGAAAAAAUCGCUCUCAAAGAAACCGUUAAGAAACCCGUUUGUUCUGAUUCAGAGUUCACGAGACAAAAGUAGUGGACUCGUCUCGCGUAAAGUGCGUGUUAUAUCGUUUUAACUUGGGAAUCGUUAUAAGUAUUACGUUUGACAAUGACAAUGAAGGGGAAGGGAAAAUUUUUUUAAUUGACAUAUUCGCAUUUAUGUAAAGAGAUACGUACGUAAAAUGCGUAGACGGUGAAUGAUCGAAUGAUUUUUUUUUUUUUUAAUAUAUUGAAAACAGGUUUGUUAACGUGUUUCAGUGACGAAAAUUAUAUCCAUCCUGUAAUUACAAAUGACCUUGUUCGAAGUACGACUAAGGCUUACGAUUUUUUAUGAACGAGAAGAUACAUGCAUUAUUGUGAGUUGCACAUAACGUAACGAUAAAUUGGAGUAAUAGAUGUUCAAUUCUCCGGAUGCAAGGUUGCUUGUAAAAACUGAUGGUAGAUACUAGUAGUGCGAUUUUUAAGUAGAAUUAGUAAAACGACGCGUUAGGCGUGCGCGAAAUGAAAAUAGAUGUCAUAUCACCACACGAUAGUUAUUUCUUCGGUCAAUUGUCGAGAUAGCACUUAAAAUAAACAUUGUUUGAGAGAGAAAGAGAGAGAGAGAGAGAGAGAGAGGUAUAUAAUAUAUUGAAGAAUGGGAGGAAAAACUGAUUGUCUUCUCUGUAGAAUUGUAAUUGCGAGAGGUAAAUUGUACUUUUUUUAUAAUUAUUUGAGCAAAAAAUAGCCUGUCUUUUGUUCCGAUAUGACGAAUAUUUAACAAACACAAUAGAGUUUUAUCUCGCCCCCCGCUAUAUGUUACGAUGGAAAGCGGAAAAGGAUUUCCCGUUUCUUCUUGUACCUUAUUGCACUGCUUUUUCAUACGUGCGUGUUUAUAUAAAUAUAUUUCUAAAUGCUUUCAAAUAUAUUUAUAUACACAUAUGUCGUAUGUGAAAGCAUAUAUACUUGUUGUAUAUUCACUUAUGUAUACGUAUAUUAAUAUAUACAUGCAUAAGCUAGUAUACAAUCGUGCAGUGAGUUACGCGAAAAAACGACGUUCCGUAGGAAAUGCUUGAAGAAAAGUUACCUUUUGUUCCGUGUACAUAUAUAAUGAGUAAUUGUUAGUGAUGAACGUGACUACACACACACACAUACACACACACACACACACAUUCAGUGUAAUCCAUGGCAUCUGUUCCGCUUGGUAAAUCUGUUUUCACGAGAUAUGUGUAUAUAUUAUAAUGUCGUCUAACAAAGUGUGAAAAAGCUUUGUUCUACCCUUACCGUGCACUGGUGAAGGGAGAGGAAAUAACGAUGUGAAUGCAAUUCUAUUUAUCUGUGCUUGGUAGAGAAAUUACGUUUUUGCACGAGAAACAAGAAGAGAAAUGAGAAGAAACAUCUCAUCGCCGAGUUUAUAUCGAGAUUGCAUCGCGACGAUCUCAAUAAUACAUUAAAUAUAACGACUGCCGAAAUGAACAUUAACGCCGCGCCUGUAAUUAAGUAUAUCGUUAUUCUCGUCACGUUCAACGUGAAGUUUACACGACGAAUUUAUUAACACGGCACCGGCUACAUGUAAAGUAAAAGUAUUAAGUCGGGACGCUUACCUGAUUCUGGGCAUUAUUAGUCUGGCCUUUAAGUCCGAACAGUUAAGUUUUUAAUAUAGAAUAUAUAUAUAUGUAUUCUAUGUUAAAAGUUUAAAUGUUCGAAACCCGAACCGAAAUGUUUUAAAAGACCAAAAUAAAAAUGCCUAGAACCAGAUGUAACGUCUGUUUACAUGCUCCGGUGUUGGUAUCUUUUUACCUUAUAUUCGAUCACCUUGUUAUCUUGUUCCUCGUGCGUAUUAUGAACAAUUUAUGAUGACAUCGAUAGUAGACGGGAUGGUCUGACUGAGCGAUUCUAUGCGUGCGAAUCUGUUGAAAAUAUUGAAGUAGAUGGCCCUCCUGUAUACUCGUUUUAACUUUUAUACAAUGUACGUUUGCUUUAUUCGAUAAUACGUCUUUCAUUUUAAAUGUGGUAUUGUCUUUUAUACGUACACAUACAGACACACACAUACACGCGCGUUCGCGUAUAACACAUACAAGUAUGUAUGUAAAUGUACAUACAUGUAUGUGUGUGCGUGUAUACACAUAUACGUAUGUACACAUCCGUAAAUACAUUAGUGACAUUGUAAAACGUGCAAUAUAAUGUGCAAUGCUCACUCGUGAUCUACUCUGUAAGAUCAGUUGUUCCUUCGAGAUCGAUGCUCCUAUCGUGUGCAAUAUAUCAAAACGAAAUGCAUGAGGUUUUAAUAUUGUUAGUUUAUUUAUUUACACGAGAUCUAUGUUGUAAGAAUCGCUAAAGUUGAAUUGCGAGCGGGUAGAAGGAAGGAUUUUGAAAAUCAUGCGGGCGCUGAGAAUAUGCGAAUCUUUAAUUUAGAUGUUAUUGAUAGAUCAAUAAUAUUGUACAUACAGUCUUCUCUCAAGGUGUACGCAAGGUGUGCGUACAAUCGACGACACGUCAGUCCCUUCGAAGGAAUAGCUUUUCUUGCGUGUGCACACGACAU